AUUCGGAUUUGGUCUCUCUGUGUCGUAUUUUGCUGCUCCGUAGUCGACUUGGAUGCUUGCUCCGGAUGACCACUCGAGUUCGUCAUAUAGGAUCUAUUAUCAUUCGACUCUUCCCCAGUUCCGACGUCACUCAGCUACACUUUCCCUCAUACUCACGGGAAGCCCGUUGAUAUUCUUUCUCCUAUACCCAGCUGGCUUCGCGCAACUGUACUCGUGGGGAGCGUCGUAAGCACGGUCGUUACUUCCUUCGGCUGCUCUUCCGUGAUAAGACAGUGGCGCGGAUAAAACUGUGGCGUGGAUGUUGUUGGCUCACCUGUCGUUGAACACCGCUGGACGUACUCCAGUGUCCCGCCGUUGAAAUGGCGUCUGAAAGAACACCACUCGUCGGAGUCAAGGCUCAGGAAACGCAAGUGCACGUCAUCACACAGGAGGCAUCAAUGAAUGGAGCGAUAUCAACAAGAACGCUCUCUAGUCUUGUACGAGCAUUUCAAGCCAGACGUAUCGAUGGCAACCAGCGGCGUGAAGCGACAGAAAACGAAGCACACAUACACCUGCGUACGUUGGAUGAUGAUGAGGUGGGCUCUAUGCGGCACACUGACCAAGAAAACCAAGACUGUUGCUGUGCACCAUGUUGCAAAGCACUUUAUGCAGAAUUUCUCCGUUGGAUUGCACGUCUGGCAAUUGCUGUUGCACUUGUGGUAUUUGCCGUUGCACUACCCAUGGUCGUCAUUGGGUCGGUCUACUUCAAUGAAUGUCCUGCUGAGAAGAGCAUACCUAUUUACCUAAUCGUAGCUGGUGUCGUCCUGCUGCUAAUGUUCUUGGGCAUUCUGUUGGUGGUGAUUAACGUGCAACACAUGGAUUUCAACGACUCCCUCAGCCCACAUUACUGCAACCGUGUAGUGUGCAUAUCCACGGCGACGUACUCUGCUGUCGUUGGUGCUUCCUCGGCAGUUUUCCUGUGGUACUGCGACUGCUGUUUUCCUAAAGUAUGUCAAAGACUUGCCGGAAAGUAGAAUGAAAACAAGUGGCGUACGAAGUUCCACGAAACGAGCAUAAUCAGUGAUUAGAAAAUUUUGUGUUUCACUAAUAUGAACCAGCUUUGGUACGUUUGUAUUUUACGUUUCACUUUCACGUUCUGUAUACACGUUUCAAGCUUGCCGACGCAAACCUCGAUGUUCCACAAAACAACAUACCUGUAGCUCUAUCACAAAAACGGCGUAAUUUCCUAACCGCGGUCGCUUCCGAAACUGCAGUGCCAUUUUACUCUUCUUUAGUCGCCGACAAUGACGCCGUAAGUCCGACUCAAAUUAGUGCAGCUGUUUCUGCGCAGUUUGAUCUAAUGCACGGAAAGAGCAGACGAGGGAUGUUGAGGGCAUUCCGGAAUUCCCUCUCCGUAAACGUCACUGGGACAAGGCCAAUCAGCGAGCGCCCUUUGAAGCGGACAAGGCCAAUCAGGGAGCGGCAGGAGAGAUUUCACUUAGUACUUUGCCAUACAAGAGCGAAGCAGACGACCUCAGGGACAAUCACCUGCGCUGCGGUCCCACUCGUGUGCCCGGCUUACGACAUUCUGGCUUAGCUGCAGGGGGAGUGCGAAUCUUUAAAACUCGUUUAUGUAAUCACUACGCUGCUUUCGAAAAAAAAAAAACAAAAAAAAAACAAAGAACUUGGCUAAGCAGAUUGCGAAACCAUGCCGAACAUUGCCCUAUCAGUCUCGUACACACCUUUGCGGAAUUAGAGGGUUUUCGGGAACCGGUUGAGCACACCCGGUAACACCGUGCACGGUGCGAUCAGGAGAGACGGGAGCGACGCGCAUGCGCUUUACCUCAUGGGGAAUCUAUACUUCCCGCGCGGCGAUCUUCCUGACCGCUUCGAAGUCGCGAUCGGUUCGCUUCCGAUCGUUCUCUUUCGGGGACCCCGAAAACUGUGACGAUCACGUGGCGAUCACGUGGCGUAACUGAAACAUGCGUACGCAUUGGGCUGCGGGUAGAUGCAGAUACACGUCGGCAUGUGCGGGUGCGGAUGCGGGUUGCACCAAUGGCAUUGCUGCGGAUGCCGGUUGUGCUCCCGCGGUUGCGGGUACAAAUUGCGGGUGCCAUCAACAACGGCGCGUUUUCGGCGCAUGGCAGAAUAUUCCCGGACAGGCUCGAAAUACGAGUAAAAUGUGACUCCCAGGUGCAGUAGAUAUACUAGCUCUGAGCGAAACCUGACCGACGAAUAAAGCCUGAAUGCGUACA